CAAACGCUCCAUUGUGCGUAGAUUUUGCCGCGCAAACAUAGCGAUCGUGAAGAGUGACGGAUUGUAUGUGAAUGUUUCUGGUGAGACUGCAAUACUGCGCAAUGUAUUAGUAUUUUACGUGCGAUUUGUACAGGAAUAUCGAGAGUUCGGUCAGUCUUCCGGGACAAAUUGUAUCCACGAGAUUCUAUUCUCGGUAAGAGUGAUUCCGGUUAACGCAGGAAGCGCAGGAGAAUCAUCGAGUAUCAUCAAAACUGCAUAUCCUCGAUAUAAUUGAUCUGAUUGAAGAUACAAAGUUUCUUCUCGUCCAACGUGAAAUCUCGCUAUUCUAAAAUGGUAGAUUCUGACUGCAACGAAUCUGAGGAGGGUGUCAUGGAUAGGUUACAAUUGUCGUCAGAUUCUCUCGCAGACAAGCCAAAGGAAAGAUCACUGACAGACAAUUCUGAGGAUGAGACAGAUUCGCCUGCUAAGAAACGCCCGGACGUACAAUCGCAAGUGGCAGAAAGCGACGGUGCUGAAUUUUCGAACAAAAAUAAUGUGAAAGAGAAAGGAUAUUCGUUGUGUCCAAAAAACAAACAAGCCGCACAAGAGGUAUCCCACUCAGAAUCAGACGAGAACGGGAAGGGUAAGGAGAAAGAAUGUGGCCAAUUGGGAGGAAAAAAUGGAAAGGAAAGCCCUCUGUGUGAGGAAAACGCCGCUCUGAACAAUAGUGGAGAAAUGCUGGACAUUCAGAAGGAAAAUGAGGACAGUCCAUCCCCGCGACAAAAGUCUGCUGCGAAUGAAAGUACGUGUACUGUGGGAACGGAGGACGGUGUGGCAGUUAAAAGAGAAACUGACGAAAUGAUGGAUGUAGAAAAAGAUGGGAUAAAAAAGGAGCCUUUUGUCAAGAAACAUGUAGACACGGAAGUGGUAGACGGACUGGAGCUUUUGGUGGAAUGCGCGAGUGACAAGGACGAAUCGAGUCACGAGAGCGAGGGUGAGAAAGAUGUAAAACCACGGCCGAGGACGAUAAUCGUCAAAGCCGAGCCAAGUGAGUCGGAACUGGACUGUUCGUCUGAUGGAGUAAAGUCUGAUUCGCAACGAGCGCCCGUCGACGCGGUAGAAAUUAAAUCGGAAAAGAGCAGGGGGACCAAGAGGAAAGGUUCACGAACGAGUUUCAGCAAAUUGAAGGCUUCCGACUCGGAGGACAGCCAGAAUAGCAAUUCGGACGAGGAUUACAGUCCACAAACGAAGAAGAAGAUGAGGAAAUCUUUGAUGGCAAAGAAAUCGACAGGCAAAUAUCGCUCGACCGAGUCGAAAAGAGGACGAGGUAGAGGUGCGAGAGGGAAUUCUCACAAGAAGAAUGCCGAACGUGUAUCCGAUGUAGAUAUAAAUGAAGAGGGUGAAGAUGCUGAGGCGACUGUAAAAGAGAGAGAGGACGAAACGGCAAAGGGUAAGAAUGGAAUGGAGGAAAAAUUGUCGGAGGGGGAAAUAUCUUCGACUAAGGACGAAAGCGACGAUAAUUCCGAGGGGGAGGAGAGAUCUGUAAAGGGGAAAAGGAGGAAAAGUACUCAUGAACCGCACGAGAGGCGAAUACAGAUGUUUAAGACCUAUUUAAAGGCUGCAGGCGUGAGAGUUAAGUGUUACAAUGACCUUUGGGCCGAUUGUAAAAGUAACGCUGCCAAGGUUAAGCGCCUACAGGAAUUGUUGGAGAAGAAUGGUAUUUACGGUAGGCCAACGUUGGAAAAGUGUAAGAAAGUGCGAAAAAAGAAUGAGAAGAUGAAGGAGGUAUCCGGACUGGAUACGUCAAAUAUUAUAUCUGAAGGGCGAGUUACGCGAUCACGAAGAAAUGUGGAAACUUUUAAGAAGGCAUCUCCGGACACGCCGCGACAUCGAGAGGCCCGUAAUACGUUUAGGCGUAUUCAAACAGUUAUCGAUAGCGAUUCGGAAUAAAGAGCAUAUUUUCUGCAAGAGAAUUCCAUGAUUGUUGAAUGAUGUACAUAGAUAUAGAGUUUUAUAUAUAUACACAUACGAGGGUGGUUUGAUAAGUAACUUUGUUCGCAUACUAUUAUGUUACACGUCUCGCUCUCGAUGAUAAUUGGUAGUAAUGCCUGUUAUUACUCAACUUCACAUUUUUUUAUGAACUGACUGAAAUUUGCGCAUGGUGCCUUAGUUGGGGCUCGCUGCGUCUUGUUAUCUUGUUGUUUUAAACUUCAUAUACAUCUCGAGUAGAACUUUUGUACAAUAAUUAGUAGAUUAACUAAGACCAACUUUCCUGGCUGGACAAAAAUUUGGGUCAAAUGAAGAGGUAUACGCGUAUUUUGAGGGUCUCGAAGAAACCCACUUCCGCGAAGGAAUCACGAACUUGAAGAAACGUUAGGGCACGUGAAGUAAAGUACGUUGCAAAACUCAAAUUGUCCUUUUUAAUAUCAAACCAAGUUAUUUAUCAAAUCACCCUCGCAAACACAUUCAAGUAUUAAACGACAGAGCUAAUCAGGUGUAAAUUGUGUAGCUGUGCGUAUGCGCCCGCCUGCUUGCUCACGUAUAUGGGAAAUAUUUUACAUUAUCCUCAAGUUUUCGUAUGUCGUAAUUAUUAUACUAUUUCUUAUAUCGUAACUUACUGUUUAGCUUGCUGUCGGUGAAUCAGUUGUACGUUGAAAUCUGGAAAUGCUGAAACAAGGCUCAUUUUAAUCGAUUAUAUCGACUCGCGUUACUCUGUAGUUGAGGUAAGUCACUAAUGGCCCGUACGAGAAAGAUAAUUUCAGAACUUACGCAAUACCUACAUUAAAUCAAGUAGAUCACGAUACAUUUCAUUGUGCAAAUAUGAAGAGAAAACUAAAGAUGGCUAAAAAAAAGUUAUUAGAUUUAUAUUAUCGAAGAUUCAAAUAGAUAUGCUUUGCCUAAAUAAAAAGAGCAGCGCUACUUUCGAGUGUUUAAAUCUAACCCGUAGUGUGUAUUAAAUAUAUGUAUGAGUAAUUUAUAUGCAGUUCGUUGUUCAAAUCUCUAUAUACACACAUACAUAUAUGUGUGUGUGUAUAGAAGUAUAUUGAACUAAUAUUAAAGACGUAACUGAAAUGUAUAUGUAAUAUGAAACUUACAUUUGAGAGCCAUGAAUCACAAGGCUAUUCCUAUUUUUUCACACUUUAAAAUAUAAUUGUCAACAAAAA